UGGAACUGCACAUUAACUUGCAGACUAGGUUGAUAUGCCAGUGAUAGACACAGACACACACACACACACAAUUCAUUUAUUGCUAACAAAUGGCAAACAUCCCUCUCGCUGUAAUUUGGCUACAAAACAACCAAAACAACUUGGUGUGGACAUACAAUACAUAAUGCACCUGUCCUCGUUUUCUCUUUUGGUUCCAACUUUAUAUACAUUUUCUGCACCGCGCGUGCAGACAAGGUAAACUGGCUUUUACUCACACAACAGGAAGUGACAUCGCCACAUACAGUCAAUGCGAAAUAGCCAACAACACUCAUGAUAACUUAACCUUCUUUCCCACCAACAAAAACACCCACGAACGGAUAAACACCGGAUAACACAGCAUCAACAGGGAAACAGAAAAGACACAGAACUAGAAAUCAACAGCAUAGUCCUGGAAUCAUGAAGGCGAGCGCCGGGGGGCGUAACGAUCGCCGAGGGCACUCACACACCGACAGGGCGGGCCCAGCCAGAGCAGGCGGGGUGUGCUGCACGGCGUCCACACAGUCAGAGGCCGGACCCUCGGAGAAGGAGAUGCCAGAGCUACCAGGGUGGCAGAACAUCUCAUGGCAGGCCUUGAAUGUAGCUCUUGAACCCUGCGUAGCAUGGCACGACUCCGUUGUGAUGGCUGAGUGAAAAGUUUUGCAUCAUCAGACGCACGGAUUUCAUCGAGGAGGGAACACAGGGCCUGUGAUAUUUCUGGCUUAAUAGACGCCAGAGUGUGAGAUCUCAGCUCUGUGCCAUAUCUUUGUUUGACAAGUCUGGGUAGGCUAGGGUGAAUGAGCCUGAACCAUGUGAGGACCACCAUGUUUUCUAGCAUGCGCGAAAGCUCCUCCUCUUCUGUCAUAACCUCACCAUGGUGGCUGAGGCCACCAGGGCAUAACAAUGAUUCCUCCACAAAUGGUAUCAGUCGCUGGUAAAGGUCUUCUGGAUGCUCAUCUCCCUCAAGAUGUAUAUCUGAGAAGUCAAUAAACUGAGUGCCAGAGACUUGAAAACCAAAGUGUUGCCUUAUUGUUUGCCAUAUGAAUCCCAGUGAUGUAGAAUUUUUAACUAUGGUGGUUCUUGAUCUAAUAGGGCAAUAGUUAGCAAUUUGCCCAAGCAUCUAACUUUCUGCUGUGCAGUGCGUUGCCUAGCAACAGGAACGCCCUCACAUUCAUUCUGAAAUCCUCUAAGCGGCUGGGCUUUUGUUUUUUUCAGCCACGCGACUCCCUUGGCCAGAAAAGGAGCAAAGUUCUCGUCCACUGAUAAAGUGUAUAAUAAAUUCUGAUUCCAGUUUUCGAAGGUAUGUAUGGUUUCAGUCUUUGAAAGGCACCACUGCUUCGGUGCACGGGUGUCCUGUGUAAUUCAGCCCCUCUCAAAAGGACCAUAAUGGAAUUUGCUGCAGGAUGGAUUUCAGGUGCAGCGGGACUGGUGGUUGGACAUCCGAUGGACACAGUGAAGGUGCGUUUGCAGACCCAGACCAGGUACAAGGGGAUCUUUGACUGUGUGGCCAGGAUUUAUGCACAUGAAGGGAUCACUGGGUUUUUCAAGGGCAUGUCAUUCCCUGUCCUGAGUAUUGCUUUCAGCAACUCCGUGGUCUUUGGUUCCUAUAGCAACGCCCUGGACUACCUCACCCAGUCACAGUAUGCCCAAUGCAGCAAAGAGAACUCUGCGACUGCGGCGGCAGUCUUUACGGCUGGUUGCUUUUCUGGACUAGCCCAGGUACUGGUCUUAGCUCCCAUUGACCUGGUCAAGGUGCGGUUGCAGAACCAGAUGAAUGGCAGGUGGGGGGUGGGUGCGGACAAAUACAGGGGUCCUGUGCAUUGUGUGGCUGUCAUCCUGAAGGAGGACGGUCCCAGGGGCCUGUUUCGGGGGAUGGGGGCCCUCGCUCUGAGGGACGUGCCCUGCUACGGUCUCUACUUUCUUCCCUAUGAGCUCAUAUGCAAAGCACUGACUGAGAGUGGAAAAGAGCCAGGCACAUUUGCGGUGCUAGCGGCCGGGGGCACGGCUGGCGUGGUGACGUGGGCCUGCGCUACACCUAUGGACGUGGUGAAGGCGAGGCUGCAGAUGUCCGGAGCCGGGGGGCCGGUCUACAGGGGCGUCCUGCACUGCAUAUCGGUCAGCCUGCGCCAGGAGGGCGUGCGGGUUUUCUUCAAGGGCCUCCUUCUCAACAGCCUCAGAGCCUUCCCUGUGAACGCCAUCACUUUCCUCUGCUACGAGAGCCUGACGAGGGCCGGGACGUCACCGCCGUGACGUGAGACUGCUUCCAGGGCCGAGGCCGCGAAGCGCGGCGUGCUUGACCACAGCCAUUCACGGAACAGCGUGGCCAGUCGCUGCUACCAGAAGCGCACAAACUGUUCAUGAUGCGGUGAACUGGGCUGUUAUUUCAGGGCUAUCCUGAAAAUGAGUUGACGUAAAUAAUUUAGCGUUGGUGAGCCACUAUGCAGAGACAUCGGCAAAGAAUAGCAACUGCCUCAGCAGUGGAAGGGGAGGAAACCCUGGACAGUUAUCAAAAGAAAGGUUUUUGUAGUAUUUUUUGUAUGUAUUGUAGUUAAAUAGAAAAAUAUAUACAUGUUUAAAAAUAUAUACAUUUAUAAACUGAACACAUGACAGACAUUGUGCCUUAAUUGUCAUUCUCAUUGUCACAACCCAUGUACAUACAACUAGUAAUCCAUUCACAGUUCAUGUAUAGGGUAAUUUCUGAUUGAAAAGAAGUUCAUAAUGGCAAACAAUGCCCCCUGUAUGCCUUCAGAGUAUUGUUUCAUCUUGAGCUAAAACAGAAAUAACCUAGACAGCUGACCCAGUUUACUAUGUAUUCUGUUAUCAGAAAUGGCAGUCUAUUUUU